AUGACAGAACUUAGAGACCCACUUAGUCGAGCCGAGACUGGGGAUCUGGGCAAAUUCUCAAAGCUGGAGGCUUCGCUUGUUGAGACCAAGGUUGAGCAACGUCCUAAUUCAAGAGCACAAAACGAUAUCGAUCGCCAUGCCCAACAAACCGAUCUGAAAGUCAACGAAUUAGAGUUUGACUUCGAUAUUGGCCUAAAGAACUAUCCGCUUGAUAAUCUCGGAUCUCUUCAACAAGUUUUUGAUGCUGUGCAAUGUCAUCAGCAUUUGCGAAAAACGGAAAAUUUCUCUCUUGAAACCAAUGUUGAGUGCUUGCACGUGGACUUGCAGAGAGCAGAAUGGCGAACAUUGACUGCGCAGGGAAUGGGUGACUUUUUGCAGGUGAUAUUGGGACCUCACCAAAUCAAAUCUACUCCGAAGGACAAUAUCUCACAUACGAUUCUUGCUAGUAGGACUUCGACACGAGUCGGAAAGCGAAUCUGCCUGAUCAUACUCCAUCAAUACGCAGACUUCUUUUUCGUACCAUUGGUGCCCAGUGAAAAGACCUCCUUCGGUGUACGGGCUCUGAUGACACAAGAGAAUACACAACUACUUAUCAGGACCCUGCAAAUUAAUCCGCUCUUUUCCCUAAACCUUCUCGGUCAACCGGACUACUGGGCACCCAAGUCACAUUGGGAGGCCGACAAUGAUGGAAAGUUGACAGCAUGUGAUUUGUUUUGUCAACACCCACGAUGGAAUCUUCAUGUUCAAGGAUCUCCUUUAUCGGUAUAUUCACGCCAUGAUCUCACUCGCAGCUUAACAACAUACAUCAUAUCCCACAAUGAAUCUGACACAUCUGUGAAUACGCUCAAAUCGAUUCUUAACAUUGCAAUUGAUACUGCCUCGGCGUCAAGCAGGGGAGCUGUUUUCAUGGACGACCCCUUUGACAUUCACGUUAUCCUCUCCACGUUAUCACUGGAGGCUUCUAAGCAUCACGUCGCACGUUUCCGACGCUUCAUGUGGACUCAGAUCAACAAGGUCAAUGAUCACCUUGCUGGUCUUGAGGCUAGCGACCGGGCCAAACUUGGAGAUCUAACCAAACAGCUCCAAAUAGUCUCCCAAAAUGCAGACUCUCAUAUUGCAAAUGCCGAUGUUGCUAUUUUCACAGCAUCUGCGAUCCGAGAAGCACAUUCACGCCUCAGCUCUUGGCUCCCCAACUCCAGACCCUUCAUACAGCAACGUGUUCAAGACUCCAUAUAUGUCAUCUCUUCGAUGGAAAAGCAGAAAACGUGGUUUCUUAAUUACAAGCAACGGAAGGACAGUAUCAGCUCCUUGGUCUACAGUCUUGUAACGCAACAAGACGCGGCCAACAACAUCCAGAUUGCGCGCAGCAUGAAAGAAGACUCAACAUCAAUGACUUCAAUUGCUGUUCUGACCAUGGCAUUUCUACCGGGAACCUUUGUUGCGACCGUAGUUGAUGCCGAAAUAUUUGGGGCUUCUGUCAAUGACAAGGCAUGGCUUAUCUGGUUAACGAUUACAGUGCCUUUGACCUUAGCGGUCAUGAUCUGUUGGUGGAUCUAUCAAAAGUCAAAAGAGCCCAAAAGUACGGUUACAUCAACGUCAAAUGAUAAGGAUAAUCUUGGGUCUAUAAUCGAAGGAAGACGAAUAAGUUCGCUUCGAAGACGAAGUGCCUUCAGCAGUUUUUCCUUUCGAAGGGGAAUCAAUGGUGAGAAAACCGCCACCAGCGAUCAAAUACUAUAG